UUUAUUACGUCUAACCAAGAGGAAGUGUUUUUUAUCAUGAAUAUUUCAUUUGAAGUUGCCUAGCAUACCGCAAACUUACGAAGGGACCUGUAUUGCUAUCAACGGUUGACUGCCGCUAAAAGUGGACGUGGGAACAUGGCGAAAAGUUACGAUUACUUGUUUAAAAUUUUGCUUAUCGGAGAUUCGGGUGUAGGAAAAACUUGCAUUCUGUGCAGAUUCGCGAACAACGAAUUCAACAGAUCGCACAUCUCAACGAUAGGUAAGCCUAUUCGCAGUUCUCCUUGCUUCAAAAUCAUUGUUUAUAUCAGCAGGUAGUUAAAUACCUGCCACUCAAGAUGCUAAGAGAAAAUGUCCCUGAUUUGUGCUUUUACAGGAAUUGAUUUCAAAAUGAAGACGAUCGUAGUGGAAGGCAAACGAAUAAGGAUACAAAUGUGGUAAGCUAGGCCUUUAUGUCGAUCGGUUUCCGGUGAUUCGGCUUAAUGAUUUUUAUAACUGGUGGGAAUAAGUGGGAUUUUGAAUUGUUGAUAAUUUGUACUGUACGACUAUUUCAUUAAUGUUAAUCGUUAUCAAGGGAUUCGAAACCAAAGUGUACCAAACUAUUACUUCAUCAGGAACGCUUUGGCUCAAAACUACCGCGUCACCACAGGAAGCUUUGAACUCUAUAGAGCUAAAUUUUCGUGGCUCUUCUUACCCGCAGCGUUUCGUUUUUUUGUAUAGUUAUCGAAAUGACUGGCUGAUUCGAAAAUCUUAUCUAGUGUUAAUUUUUUUGUUUUUUUCUUUACUGAAAAAUCAAUAUAAGCUUAAAUGUACGGUAGCGUGACCUUGGAUGAUGAAAAAAAAAAAAACCAACGCGAGGAUGCGGUAGUUUGACGUAGAGCUAUGUAUCGAUAUAUUUCUCAACCUCCUACGAUAGAGUUGUGCGAACAGGAAAGAAAAAGAAAUUAAACUACACCUAUAAAAGUUCAAGUGGUCAUCUGACAACAAAUUAAAUUUAAGCAUCCAAGAUAGCUAUUUUGCCCAGUCAGUUCUGUUACCAAUACAUCAGCUAUAUUCGCUUUUCUUUGAAUUCAAGGACGGGUGCCAUAUAUCGGCAUGAAAACAUUAAUUUUAGGCACAAAUAAACUCAGCUGCAACGUCCUAUUUCAGUUUCUUGCCCUUGUUUUUUCAGCUGCCCGUUUCUGGUGAAUAAAAUUUCAUUCAGAUCAGAUUGUGCAGUUAACUGCUCUGAGACGGUCGAACUUAAAGUUGACGUUUCUCUCACUGUUAUCUGAAUAGCCACUUGUUUUAUGUGUUUUCUUUUUGCCAUGAUAUAAAGAGCAGCUAAGGGUUUUAUUCACGAAGAAUAUCAUAGGUAUUGGCAUUAGAAUUUCAAGAAGUAGACUUAAAUGUCUUGAAAUGAAUGUUCCCGGCUUUAAGUAUCUACAGAAAUAUAUCUUCAUUGAAUAAUUAAAUGGUGGGGUUGUAGAUUUCCCAUAUAACUCGCAUUCUAGUAGAUUUUAUUUAUAUUUCCUUUUCUUAACUUUUUUGUUCAACAAUAACUUGGAUUACAUUGAUAGAAAUUAUGCAAAGGGAGUCUGUAAUUGAACAUCUUUGACACAAUGUGGUUAACAAAUGAUAUCAUAUUUUUUUCUUAGAUAAUCUAAUAGUUUAUUGUCGUGACUACACUUUCUUUAUUCUUUUGGGUCGUCAUAAAACACAGAAGAAGUGUGGUUAACUAUGUGUAUAAACUGUUUUUACUUGUUGCUGUUUCAUUCCCCAGUGCAUUAAAUAGUGACUUUGAAGAGUAACUUAAUGAUGGAUACUUUGUCUCAUUAGGGACACAGCUGGUCAAGAAAGAUAUGAAACAAUAACAACACAGUACUACAGACGAGCGCAUGUGAGUAAUAAACACCAUAUCAUGGAGAAAACUAUUCUUGAAACACAUAAAAGAAAGUUCAUCAGAGGUUUCAGAACCUAUCCACAUCCAAGGGCUCUGUUGAUGUUUCAAUAAUGAACUGAUCUAUAAUGUGGCAUAAAAAAAUCUUCACUCUUUUAUUGACCCUUUAUGUCAUCUAGAAAAAAAUAAAUAGCUGAGAAGAAUUAUAAAAAAGUUUUUUUAAUAAUUUUUUUACGACUGUAUAUUUUCAUAUUCAAAUCUGUUUCAUCUUGUUGCAAGUUCUUCCAAAAACAGGGUGCAAAGAAAGUCAGUUUUACAGUCUGCUGUUUGGGCAAGCUGUAGCUAACAUGUACUAGCCCACAAGCCUUUUCAAGUAGCCCCAAAACCCUUUUUGAUUAACAGGAUUACAAUCGUUCUGUAAUUUGAAUUUCCCCAAAAAAUAGCACUUGACCGUCGGGCAAGUUAAGAACAAAAAUCACUAGCCUGAUAACAAAAUCCACUAGCCCGGGCUAUCACUCUGAAAAAUGUGACACUUCUCCUGUGAAAGACGCAUUUAGUUUUUGUUGUUUUUAAUAAUAAUAAUAAUUAAGAUUCGUCUGUUAAAUUAUCAACUAAAUUUUGAUUUUUUUUUAUUGAGAUAAGAAGAUGACAUACCCAAACAAAAAUUCACCCCACAAGAUAAUGAGUAUUUCUAUUCUUUUUCCCCAUUCAGGGAAUAAUUCUGGUCUAUGACAUCACAAGACAAGAAACUUUCAAUAACAUUCGAAAAUGGCUUAGAUAUGUUGAUGAGGUAAGCGUUGUCUAGUCAAAUAAUCCUUAAAUAGCUUUAUUUGACAAGAAAGUAGGAACUUCCUAUUUAACAUGAAACAAGGAAGUGUCAGAGACAGUGCUUCCUGUUUUCUCUUCUUAACAUGGAACAAGAAUGUAUGAAGCAAAGAAAAGUUGUCCUAUCUUUCAUUAGACAUCGAAAAUCUGUACAGUUUAAAUAAUAAUAAUUUUUUAUUGAUCUUGCCACUGGUCAGCUUUCCAGUAAGUGGACCCCAAUUAAAGAGUUUAGCUCUCUGAUUCAGGCUAAUUUACUUGAAUUCAAACCAAUCUUUACAUGGUGCUGUUGUAGAUCUCAAAGCAAAAUAUAUCCUAUGCCCUUUUCCCACAGCACAAGUUUCUCUUGUUAAUUAUUUUCAUUUUAAUUCAAAUUUAGCACGCUAACAACAAUGUUCAAAGAUUACUACUUGCAAACAAAUGUGAUGCAGAAGAUGAGAGAAAAGUAUGGAAAGAUCAGGGAGCCAGGGUAAGUAUUUUGCUGUGUUUUAAAUACCUGUCCUAGAUAAUUUUUUGUAGACUUUCUUCACUACUUCUGUCUGAUUUGUCACCUUUUUAUCGGCCUUAACCUUUUAAGCCCCAAGAAUGAUCAGCAUCAAAUUUCUCCUUGGAAUAUCAAUGCUUUUGUAAAACAGAGUGGUCAUGAAAACUACGGACAUGAUCACACAAGAUGAAUUUGCUUGAUAUUUUAUCACCUUCUCCCUACUACUUCUGUAGGAAAUGAAUAGGGGCAACACAUGAGAAUUCAAAUUUUGAUCUUAAGGUUUAAAGGGUUAAAUCGCUGACUGGCUUACUAGUUGUAAGACUUGUUGUCUCAUGAGACUCGUAACCCUUAAAAUAAUAGCCUAUCAAAAAUUUGGAAGCCUGCUCAUAAAUAAAAUGUUCUUUUUUUUAUUCAGUUUGCGGCAGAAAAAAAUAUUAAAUUCUACGAAACAAGUGCCCAGUCAAAUAUUAAUAUAGAUGAGGUAAGGGUAUCAUAAUUCCUUGAUAUUUAAGUGUUCUGAACAAAAAUAAUGUAGAAAAAAGCAUAUGCACUCUACAAUAAUUUGAAUAACUUUGACUCUGAUGAGGAGGUUCAUACAAUCAGUUGUUAGCAAAAAGCAUCAACAGUCUUUAUGUAGUGCUACUUUCUGGUAGAACACUAUCUCAAAUGGUCAUCUUCAACCUACAAGUUUGUGACAAUUCUUCCAUUUAAAACUUAGAAAUGCACUGGGACAAGACAAAAAAAGAGUUAAUGUCAUUUAAAAUGGCAAUUUCCCUUGUUUGUUGUCCUAGUUCUUUGUUUCCUUCCAGCAUGCAUGUAACUCAGUUUCUUUAAAUCGUACAGCCUGUUUGUACAUUGUAUGAGAACUGAAUGGUAACUCUAUAUUUUCUUUUAGGCCUUCACAGAAAUAUGUCGGCAAAUUUUACAAGAAAUGGAUGAGAAUAAUCAAGUUAGUAUAAUGUGCAUUUUCAAUGAAAUAUUCCACUGAUUGAUUUCCAAUUUUUUAGCCUUCACUCUAAUAAACCACUCAAACUACAAAGAAAAAACAUUGAACCCACCAUAAUGGACUUAAAGCAGUUUUUCAUUAUGUGGGUGAAAAUGUCUGUUAUGACCUCCUUCAAAUUCUAUGUCAUUUCAACAUAUUUUCCCAUGGUAUCAGAAUGACUGUGUUUAUCAUCUUUUUUUUAGAAUGGAACCAUGCUAUCCCCCAAUGGUCAAUCGAGAUCCAGUGCUAUUCUCCUUGACACAAAGAAUGAAGUUCUUCCGCGCAGUUCUUGUUGUUAUUAAGAUAGAACUUACAAAAUUAUUUUAUGCUAUAAUAUCAGUAGUUUAUUAUCAAUAACAAAAACCUAAUUAUUAUACUAACAUUACCUACCUCACCUACACAAUGCUUGUUCUCUGGUGAUAUACCCGCCUUUUAUCUCCUUUUAAUGGGGAAUAGAUUACUCUUUUGACAACCCUGCAGAACAGGCGUUAUUUUUGCACAUUUCUCAGGCAGGCAAAGGCAAGGGCAAAAUGAGCCAGGGGUCCCAGACAUGCGACAGGUAGUUCGCUUGAAUGUAAAAAAGACCUGAGUUCGUGCAAGCUACUUUUGACCAAAAAUUAUUGGCAAAGAUAACACUUCUGACGUGGCUGCUUUCACAAUGUUAAAGAAGCCAGAAUAAUAUUAAGUGUUUGUUCAAAACACGUCCACACCCACUCCUUACAAUGAAGGUCAUAUGGCGUAACCUCCUGCCCCACAGGGAUUCCAAACCAUUCCUGCUCUACAUAUCUGACCUUCCAGGAUUGAGUAUGGAAAUUACAUAGAACAACACAUUUAAAUAGGGUACCAGUAAUGUAGUUAUAUGAAGAUGAUUUUAUUUAUUUUAUAAUGACAUCAAUCAAUUUAUUUCAACAUGUAGCCAUUCUGACACCAGAACUAAGCUGCAGUGAAUGUGUAAUAUAGUAAACAAUGGAUGGAACAGUGUACAAACCCUCUAUUUUGAUCAGUCUGAGUAGUAUUUUGUGAUUUUGCUGUAUGCCUUUCUCAAUUCAUUAGAAACAGCCUUUAGCUCCAAACUCAAUCUUAUGUAAAUAAUUAUUUUGUAGUUAUUUAGUAGCCUACACUGUAUAUUCUUCUGUAUGUUCUCUAAAAACUAUUUUGUUGUUGCAGACAUCCGUUCUUCUUCUUUUGGAGGAAAUAUAACAGAUUGGACAAAACGUUGUUAAUUGUAAUAUUAAUAAAUUA